AUGGUGUAUAGAAAGGAUGAUAUGGGCCUAUCAAAGCAAUUAGCUUCAGGGUCUGCUGUGAGGAUAUGGAGCAGGGAGGAGACGGAUUAUCUGGUGAUAUCCCUCCCCAUCCACCAUAACGGGGAAAAGAUCUGCCCCCACUGGAGGCCAGGGCAGGCCAAAGCCCCCGUUAAACAUUCCUACCUUUGGGAAGAUUAUGGCAAUUUAGACCAAGGACAACUCUACCAGGAACAUAUUCUCCAGCCUCCUUACCCCACUGGGUCUCCAUACCCAAACUACCUGCUUCUGAAACACAAAUCGAUGUCCUCUUCGCUGUGCUCUCCAAUUAAUUCAACUCCUUUGCUCCCCUGCCCCUCCACCAGUCUCAUAACACUAACCCGCAACCCUGGAUCACCUCCACAAUGGCAAAGGUUCAUCCCAUUUGCUGCUUCAGCCCAGAAGGAACGGCAAGAAAACUCAGCUCUGCUCAACCAAGAUACAAGCACCAUGGAUAUAACCAAAAAUUCACCCCCAGAACAGACAAAGUUGAACAACAAAUUGGACAAUGAUUUACAAGUAAAGAAAAAACAACUCAUGAAUGAAAUACCAUUGACUUCAACGUACCAGAAGGAUUUUGUCAAAGGCCAAAUUCCACAACAACUUGUCCUGCAAAACCAGCAUGUACAACAGACCAAACGAGAGCUGAAACAUGUACCACCAACAACCUACCAGCAAAGCUUUUGUGAUCUGUUUAAAAAUCCUCAGCAAUUUGGCAAAAAGGAAGUAGAAAGUGAAGCAACUGACAAAAAGGAGGACAUUCCAAUAUCCUCAGAAGCUCUGGUUGACAUUCCUAUCAAAUGUGAAGCAAGGAGGAAGCAAGUUACUGAGCGUUACUCUGUGGCUCAAUGCUUGAUUUGGCCGGCUUCAUUAAAGUAGUCAUGUAUUCAAAACUUGCAGAAAA